AUGGCCGCGCCCAUGAAAGGUUUUCUAAAAAAUAAAUUCUUUACAUUUUGCCAAUGUUUUAAACAGCAUGAUGGGAUUAGAGUGCAUUCACUUCACAAAAGAUCAUACAUCAAAUGGAAAGAUAUGGCAGAGAGGAGUGCUUGGGAAACCCAUUAUAAAUCUAGUGACCAAUCAAUCGACUGGCUGCUUUCCUAUGGACACCUAAAACACGUCAUUCUACCAGCUAUCAGUCCAAUAAUGAGGGAAAAUGUUUCUUUUAAGAUUAUUGAUAUCGGAUGUGGACAGUCGGAUCUAAUACCUCAACUUCUACUGAAUGAUUUAAACAACACUAAUGCUUACUGUACUGACUUUUCAUACCAUUGUAUUGAGCAACUUAGAAACAAGUUCCAUCAACUCAACAUUGCUGACAACUGCACCAAUGGAAAUACACGUCAAGAUGUGAAAUCUUGUAACAGACUUAAUUUUGUAAAUUGUGACGCUCAGUACUUACCAUUCCAAGAUGAAACUGUUAAUUGCAUCAUUGAUAAAGGUACAACAGACGCCGUGUUGAAAGACGUGAUAAAAGGAAAGAAAAUAUUUGAGAAAAUUGUAUGUGAAUGUUUUCGGAUUCUACAUAAAGAUGGCAGUCUUAUACAAAUUACCGAUGAAGUACCAGAACUGAGAGUUCCAUUACUGGAACUGGUAUUCUCAAAGUUUAAAAUACAAACUACACAAUUUUCUCUGUCAUUUAAAAUCAUAGAGGAUAAUGAAAUGGAAUAUUAUGUUUAUUUCAUUAAAAAGGGCUAGAGGUUAAAAUCAAUAAAACGUCGUACGUAUAUGCGCAACGAGGGCAUCUGGAGGGCGAAAUCUUAAAUCGCAUCUUGUUUACUGUUAAAAGGAUUGUGGAUUAUUAUAAAAUAGAUGAAUACGAUUUGGAACAGCCUUGAAAUUUUAAAGUGACGAAGCGGCAGUCCAAUGGUACUCUUGACAUUUAUAAAAGAUUAUUCAUGAACGAUUGUUCGUCGAGUAUGGGAGUAUAACCUCAGAUCAAUAUCAAUUUUAGUAGAUUUAUUUCAAACAAAUUGAUCAUAUAAUAAAUUGUUUGACAUGCAAGUUACAA